CGAGUCCAGGGACUGUUGUCUCCUCCCAACUUCUUUCCUUCAGCUGCACUCCUCUCUUAACUCAUCUCUGGCUUGUUUGCUCUCCUCUUUGCAGCCAAAAAUGGCCACAGCUGGUAAAGUCAUCAAGUGCAGGGCAGCAGUUGCCUGGGAGCCCAACAAGCCUCUGGUGAUGGAGGAGAUUGAGGUAGCCCCGCCCCAGGCCAACGAGGUCCGCAUCAAGAUUGUGGCGACUGCGGUUUGUCAUUCUGACCUGUACCACCUUUUCGAGAGUAUGCCUCAAGACGGCUUCCCAGUAGUCCUCGGCCACGAGGCAGCCGGCAUCGUAGAGAGCGUCGGGCCUGGAGUCACUGAAAUUCAGCCAGGAGACAAGGUCAUUCCUAUGUUCAUGUCCCAGUGCAGAGAAUGUCGCUUCUGUAAGAGUCCAAAGACCAACCAGUGUGAGAAAUCAUGGUCCACUGGUCGUCUCAAUGAGAUGUCACCGUCAGACUCCAGGUUCACCUGUAAGGGGAAGAAGGUGCUGCAGUUUUCAGGAACCAGUACCUUCUCUGAGUACACUGUGGUUAACCAGAUGUCUGUGGCUAAGAUCGACCCCGCUGCCCCUCUGGACAAAGUCUGUCUCCUUGGCUGUGGGAUCUGCACAGGAUACGGAGCAGCAGUUAAUACUGCUAAGGUAGAACCGGGCUCCACAUGCGCUGUGUUCGGUCUGGGAGCUGUGGGUUUGGCUGCAGUCAUGGGCUGCAAGGCUGCAGGAGCCAAGAGGAUUAUCGCCGUUGACAUCAAUCCAGAGAAGUUUGACAAGGCCAAGGUGUUCGGCGCGACCGACUUCGUGAACCCCAAGGAUCACAGCGAACCCAUCAGCCAGGUGCUGUCCGAUAUGACUGGCGGGGGAGUGGACUUCUCCCUGGAAUGUGUUGGGAAUGUGGGAGUCAUGCGCAGUGCCUUGGAGUCUUGUGUGAGAGGUUGGGGCGUCAGUGUGCUGGUUGGCUGGACACACUUGAACGACGUUGCCACCCGACCCAUUCAACUCCUUAUUGGACGCACAUGGAAGGGCUCCCUGUUUGGAGGCUUUAAGGGUAGAGAUGACGUGCCUAAGAUGGUCAAAGCCUACCUGGACAAGAAGUUGAAGGUGGAUGAGUUCAUCACUCACAACAUGACUCUGGACCAGGUCAACGAUGCCAUUGAGCUGAUGAAGCACGGCAAAUGCAUCCGGACGGUCAUGACUGUUUCCCCACAAUGAGGCCACUCUGUUGCUUUUAAUGACCCCAAAGUAAUUCAGUAAUUUACCACUAUAUUCUACAAAAUCUUAACAUAAUAUUCACACAAAACAUAUUGCAGUGUUUAAAGAGCAAAAUAAAUGGUAUUAAGAGAUAAA